GAAACCUACCAGCUUUUCUUAGCUAGUGCUUGUGUUCACUCUGAGCUCACACGGCUGCCCAGUGGAGACACCCUUGGAGGGAGUGAUCGGACGUGUCCUAGGAGAGGAAUUCGAUGGGGACUGUUCCCGACUCUCUGAGAUCCACUAAAACCACCCUGAUUGCAUCUGCUGGGAAAGAAGGGACUGGAGGAGAAUUACAAGCCGUCCCCUCUCCGCAGGAUGAGAAUGCCAAUGGCCUUGCUGGAGCUCCAGCAACACCACACCUCAGCCUGGGCUCAGCCCCCGAGGUCCUGAUGCAAACCUGUGAGCAUGACACCCCUCAGCCAGACAUGUCUUCUGGUUUGUUCAACCAGCUGGAGAAAGCAUGUCUCACCUGCAACUCUCCCAGUGACCCCCAGCUACCAGGAAGCAGCAAGCCCACCACCCCAUCCCCAACAUCUACAGUAGGAAAAGAUUUGGGGCACUCAACCUCCACAAUGCCAGCCAAUCAGCACACGGGCCAGGCCAUCCUAGGUGAUCAGCCCAAUGCCACUGGCUCACUGGUCCCUAAAGAUGCCUCCAUGAAAUCCCAGAGCACCACCACGGAGCAACCGGAGAACAACAGUGCAACACCGCCACCAAGCAACAGAGAGCCAGCUGAGAACUCAAGUCUCCCUACUGGCGACACCUGUGGCAACAACAAAGAGAUCGCAUCUUGUGAUUUUCCUUCUCCAGAUAAACUCCAGGAAAGGGUACACACUCCGCAUGCACCGGCCCAGGUGUGGAGUCAUUCAUCCUCUCCCACAGGUGCACGGGAAGGGGCAAGGCAGGUCUCUGGUUCCAUGAAGACACCCUGUAACCCUGCAACAAGAGAGGGCGAAGUUACAGAGACCAGAAAGCCCUCUGCCACCCUCUCUGAGAGCCAAGGCUUCACAGCUGAGACACCUCCACUGUCGCAGCUCACUAGCGAAGAUUCGCCAUGUCCUCAGGAUUCUAAGACUGAGCCCACCCAGCAUCGAGUGUCCAAGUUCAGAGAAGCCAGUACGAUGACCACCCAAGCUGAUCCUGAGCCCAGGGAAGUCCCCGGCAGGGCUCAGCAAGAUGCUGAGGUUCAGGCCGUGGCCCUGGUGGAGAGCAGGUCGGUCUCUACCAGCCCCAGCAUCCUCACCGCCUUCUUAAAGGAGAUCCCUGCCCUGGAGCAUCUGGAAGCACAGGAGCAGCUGAGUGUCAUCUGCCACGGCCCUGGCGGUGGCAGCCACGUGUUGGAGCUCUGUCACAGCACCCUGGGCCCCCAGGUGCCGCCGGGACCCUGCCCUGCCAUCGAGCCACCGCUGCCCACCCAUGCCAAACCCGCAGCUGCUUCUGCAGGUUUCCAAGGAAACCACAACCCAGCGAGCCCAGCAGGGGACAUCUUCAAAACCCCAUCCAUCAGCGUGGCCUCCAGUCCGACUCAGGAUGGGUGUAAUCAAGAAGAGGGACGAUCAGCGGGCAUCACUCCAGCGGGGCAAGACCGAACCUCCACGCCGCUAGUGGGGACUCAUUCCGGCUCUCAGAAAGCUAGCCUGGUCAACCAGAUGUCCCUUGGUGCCAACGCCCAAGAUGGACUCAAUCAGGGACCAGACACCUGUGAAGCCCAGGAAUCUGCAUUUGGAAUGAAAACCACAAAUGACCACAAAACAGAACCGCCUGGUCAACCAUCCAUCUCCUGUAGUCCCCCCGCCAGCAGAGAUGGCCAGGCAGGGAGCUUGGACACCAUCCUGAAAGGAGGUGCAAAGGAAGGGACCCCGGCCACACUGCAGAUAGGAAGAGAACAAGAGUCUGCAGACAUGAAUACUCCAGAGGCCAAACCCUUACUGCUCACUCCUCAACCUCAAGAGAAUGCAGGCCCAGGGUCCACGGCUAAUAAGAAAGAACCCUCCCCAAUAAGGAAGACCCAAGAAAACAUAUCAGAAGACCCCAGACAGGCCAGGCCAGCCGCCAGCCUGAGCCUACCCCCCGACUCCCUGGGGGACUCCAGCCCAGGGUCUGGCAAAAGGACCCCUUCUCGGUCAGUGAAGGCCAGUCCCCGCAGGGGCAGCCGGGUCAGUGAGUUCCUCAAGGAGCUGAGUGUGACCGCAGCGGCCGCUCAGGUAGGGCUCACCCCGGGAGAGAAGAAAAAGCAGCUGAGCCUGGACUCCAAGGUCCAGCUGAAGCAGUCCAAGCGUGUGAAGGACGUGGUGUGGGAUGAGCAGGGCAUGACCUGGGAGGUGUACGGUGCUUCUCUGGACCCAGAGUCCCUGGGAAUCGCCAUCCAGAACCAUUUACAAAGGCAGAUUAAGGAACACGAGAAAUUAAUCAAAACACAAAGUGACCAGACCCGGAGAUCCAUUUCCUCUGAUACUUCUUCAAAUAAAAAGCUCAAGGGAAGGCAGCAUAAUAUCUUCCGGUCCAUGCUGCAGAAUUUUCGUCGCCCCAACUGCUGUGUUCGCCCAGCCCCUUCUUCUGUGCUGGACUAAAAGCAGCGGUGGGGGGAUGGAGAGAGGACAGGGGGAUUCAUGCAUACAUUUAUGGUAUUCUUACAUGUGUCUGUCAAAGCUGACUUCGUUUUACUUUUCCUGAGGAAACAGGAGAAUGAAGCAAGUGUGACCUAUAGGAAAAUUCUAUUAAAAACUGUUGGAUCCCUUGACUUAAGUGCCAUACCAAAAAAUAAUAAUAAUAAUAAAAAUUAAAAAUUCAUUUCCACUUGAAAGCAAGAACACAAGGGACAAUCUUCCCUGAAGGUUUUGCAGUCUUGAUGGAGUAGAAAUAAUAUCUGCCUGGGUUUUUAAAUGUGAUUUUUUUUGCAUCUAAGAAUAACAUGACCAAUAUACACGUAUCCUUUUGUAUUACUGCCUCUAUUUAUCAUGUAAUAGUAUUUCCAUUAAAGUCUCUGCUUUAUAUUGGGGGGAGGGAAUAACACUCUUAGCAAAAGCACUGUUAUGAUUUCCAGCCCUUUUGAAAUAAGAAUGUUGUUACCACAGAAAAUUUAAGUAGAGAAUAAGAGUCACAAUGCAAAAUAUUGAAACAAAUUGAGCCCAUUCCUAAGCGAUAUAAUCUUGAAUGACAGCACUUAAAAUUUGUAUAUAACACAUAUCAAUUAGCAUUUGUUAACAUCUGAAAGAAGUGCUUUUUAUAUAAACCUUGGUAUAGCUCUGAAUAAACACAAGAAGGUUGAAUUAGGAAAAUUAGCCAAGCUUUCAAAUAUGAAUAACAUCUAUAUCAAAUACAGAUUUAUACAUAUACAUCUUUUCUCUGUGAUUCUAGUCAAAUUAAAUUCAUAUUUUCUUACCCUUGAGAAAAGAUAUGAAACUGGGUUCCUAAAAAGUCAUCGAAUUACAGAUUAUUAUUGGUAUAUUUUAUGUUACACAGGUGUGGAGUAAUAUUCUCCUGAAACCAGUUACUAAGGUCCUGGUAAGGAAUUACACCUAGCACAUUACCAAAUACUUGUUUUGUUGUGUAUCCCCACCCCCCCAUACUGCUCAAAGGAAACUUUCAUGAGUAACAAACACAGUAUAUUUAAUCUUGCUGUAAACCACAAAAAAAUUGUGUUCAUCUUUUGAUUUAGUUUACUAGCAUUUGAUAGCAAAUCUGGACAGCACCAAAUUGAACACAUGAAUUUCUUCCUUAUGUGUAGACUCAUUGCUAACAUUUAGGAUCUGGAGCAAAAAAAAAAAA